UCUGGCUCUUCAGGGUUAUUGGAAAUUUUUGUUACCUACCAUAAUUUCCGUUUUCUUUUCAGGCCAAGCGGUUGCCUCAGAGAAAUUUGCCCUCACAAAUUAUGAAAAUGUUUCAACUUGAUGGCCGCAGAUCAUCUUGUCUGUGAGAAGGGUUGGUUUAAGCUGAGAUCCUCCUGUUACUUCAUUAGUAAAGACACCAGCACUUGGGAGGAGAGCCGUCAAAAGUGCAUAGCCUUGAAUUCUGACCUUGUCAAAAUCACUCACGAUGACGAGUACAACUUCCUCGGAAAUCUUGCAAAAGGUCAUCAUACCUACAUAGGGCUGAGUGACCUGCAAGAAGAAGGGACCUACAGAUGGGUUGCAGAUGACACCAUUCACCAAAUCGUUGAAUCAUGGUGGCGUAAAGGUGAGCCCAACAAUCACUCUUCAGGAGAGCACUGUGCCCAUUACCGAUCUCCUAACGACGGUCUCAAUGAUAUUGCCUGUGACAGUAAAUUCAGGUACAUCUGCGAGAAACCUGCCCACCUGGCUUGGAACCUUGCUUCAGUACCAGGUGAAAAAACACCCACAGAAAAGUGAAAUGGGAAAUGGAUUAGGCUAAGAGUAGAUUGCUUUCCGAGUGUUUACAUACAGUGAAAUUGCCUGCUGUUGUGUACUUGCAUUUCUUAAGCUGUAUCCUGUUGGACAACUCCAUAGUUCAUGUUGACAUUUCUUUAAUUAGCAGUAAUAUAACUGCAACAUUCAAGUUUACAUACCUGUUUUAGAAAGGAGACUUUUUGGCUACAAGACACCCUCUAUAGUAAUCAUUAUGUGGAACCCAAGUAUAAAAUCAUCUGGGUAACCAUUUGGUAGGAAAACUGGAGUGCCUUGUGAAUUAUGCUUGUUUCAGAUAAUUAUCUAGGAAAGUAGGUUUAUAAUUUCAAUAAAUAUGGUUGAUCUAAUUUUACAGGGGUUGAAUCUCUAAUGAGCCAAUUUUUUUUCAAGUAUGCCUUAAUUACACUUUAGGAACUAGGCAUAUAAAUCUUUAAACACAUUUUAUCAUGAAUGGAAUGAUACGUACAAGAACUGUACUUAGGUUAUAAUUCCCUUUCACUUUGCCAGUGGAUGUUUCCUUCAAUUAGGUGAGCAAACUUCAUCCUAUAUCUCACAGGCAGUCAGCAACCAAUUUUGGGUUCAUUUCUUGCUUGGAAUAUUUGUAGGAUGUUUGCAUGCUGUAAUGCAAAAGUUACCCUAGCAAAUCUACUGUAGAUUUCAAAAAUCAAAUAAACUUCUUACUUGCCCCA